CCAACAUUCACGGAUGAUGAUUGGAUUAAACAAUCGGUACAAGAUUUUAUCAAUACUUUUCUCUUUAAUUCCACCUUUAAAAUUUUUUCUUAUGUAUCCUAUUUUUAUAACUUUAAAAAAUUACAUUAUUCUCGAAAGAGAAUUUGUAAAUUAACAUAAGAUCAUUUAGUAACUUUAGGUUCAUCAUAAAAAAACCGGCAAGAUUGUCUCCUGCACCGAAAUCUCAUUACGAAGCUUGAAGUUCCUCCAUUAAUGGACACGUAAACAGGACACCAGUCCUCACGCAUGAGGCCACAAAUCCCUUCAUAAAAUCCCCAAACCGUUCCCCCAAUUUUCCAUCACUUGUCUGCAACAACAACAACAAUGGCUUCCAAAUUCAAGCUCCCUCUCCUCCUCUUCCUCCUCUUCCUCACCGCCGCCUGCCUCGCCUCCAAAGAUCCGGAGCUGAAGCAGUGCAAGCACCAGUGCAAAGUCCAGCGGCAGUUCGACGAGCAGCAGAGGCGCGAUUGCGAGAGAAGUUGCGAUGAGUAUUAUAAGAUGAAGAAGGAGAGAGAGAGAGGAAAAGGAAGGAAUUACGAAAGGGAAGAAGAAGGAGAUGAUGAUGAUGAAGAGAAGAAUCCGUAUGUGUUUGAGGAUAAACAUUUUGAAGGUAAGGUUGAAACAGGGGAAGGAAGAAUUAGGGUUCUUCAGAAAUUCACUCAGCGAUCGGAACUUCUUCGAGGGAUUGAGAAUUUUAGGGUUUCCAUUGUGGAGGCUAAUCCUUCUACUUUCGUUAUUCCUACUCAUUUUGAUGCUGAAAUCCUUCUGUUUGUUGCUCAGGGACGGGGUACAAUAACAGUGAUUAAGGAAAAGAGAGGAAGCUUUGAUGUGAAAUGUGGAGAUGUGUUCAGAAUUCCAUCUGGAGCUCCCUUUUAUUUCAUAAACAAGGACGAACAUCAGAAGCUCAAGAUUGUUAAGCUUCUUCAACCCACAUCUGUUCCUGGACAUUUUGAGAUUUUCCAGCCAGCUGGUGGUGAAAACUCAGAAUCAUUCUACACAGCAUUCAGCUGGGACUUGCUGGAAGCAGCCUUCAAGAUUCCAAGAGAGAAGCUGGAGAGAUUUUUCGAUCAACAAAAACCAGGUACCAUAAUCAAGGCUUCUAGAGAACAGAUCCGAUCGCUUAGUCAACAUGAAGAAAUCAUCCCAAGGAUCUGGCCCUUCUCAGAAGGUGAAACUGAGCGUCCAUUCAAUCUGCUCAAACAACAUCCAUGGCAGUCAAACAAGUUCGGUCGUCUCUUCGAAGCCUACCCCGAUGAGUUCAGCCAGCUUCGGGACCUCGGUGUCGCUGUCGCCUUUGCCAACAUGACCAAAGGUUCAAUGAUGGCUCCUCAUUAUAACUCCAAAGCCAUGAAGAUAGCUGUGGUGGUGGAGGGCGAAGGGGGGUUCCAAAUGGCAUGUCCCCACCUUUCAUCGUCUUCUGGGAGAAGUGGUCGGUGGUCAGAGCGAGAGCAAGAGCGGAAGGGGGGGAGGACUUACCAGAAAAUUAGAGGGCAGCUGCGUCGUGGGGUGGUGUUCAUAGUUCCGGCAGGUCAUCCUUUUUCUGUCUUUGCCUCACCUAACCACGGCCUCCAGAUUGUUUGCUUUGAAGUCAAUGCCUAUGGCAACACCAAGUAUCUUCUAGCAGGGAAAGAUAACAUAGUGAACAAGAUGGAGAGAGUAGCAAGAGAGUUGGGAUUCAACACACCAGGAAGAGAAGUUGAAAGAAUGUUCAGGCAGCAAGAAGAAGAGUUUUUCUUCCCUGGACCAAAUCAACAAGAACAUGAAUGGGCUGAAGCCUGAACUGAAUAUGUACUUAAAGAACCCUCCAAAGCCUAGAGGGACAUAGAAAUGUAAAAAGGGUAUGUAAAAACAACACUUUAACUAGUUAUAAUAACUUAUAGCCUAGGCUCUAGCUACUCCCCUUGUACAGGCUUUUGCAUAAAUAAAGUGAGCUUCUUUGCUA